AUGGAUCAAUCGGGGUAUGAUCAAUUUGGGUACGGCCAAGAUCCGUCUCAAUAUGGUCAGUACGCACCAGACCAGUCCCUGUAUGACCAGACUGGCGAGUUCAAUGCGCCGCCAUCAGACCUGUAUGGCUUCAAUUCCGGGUUUGUUGCGCCCUCGAGCACAAGAAACUCUCAAACAAACAUGCCGUUGCUGCCACAACCACCCGACUUGCAAAUUCAAGCCCAAGUGGACGCUGAAGGAAACUGGUAUUACCCGAGUGCAGAUCUCGACAAUCGCGACCUACGUAUUCAAUGUGAGGCUUUCAGAGCCGGCGCUGCAUCGCGCUCUGGCGUAACUCAGCCUUUCAAUACCCCUCGAGCCUCGAUGCCUAGAGCAACACCCAAAGCACCGCAGAGGAUGAGACCACAACCCGUCUCCACACGAGUUUCUUCCGGACGAGUGUCUAAGCCGAUUAAGAAGACUGCAACCGGUAGGAAGAAGAAGACAUCUGUUGCGCAAGUAUGUGUUUGUAAUGCGUCCGUAUUCACUCCGAAGCGUCCUCCAAAUGCAUUCAUGUUGUACCGAACAAAGCACCAGCCACAWCUGGUUAAAAUGAUCGAAAACGACCCUUCAUUACGCAAAACGAACAAGAAUGGCGUGGAGGCGUCGAUGCAGGCGACCGUCUCUUCAAUUGCAAGUCAAUGGUGGAACGAGGCCAAGAAUACAGGAGAGGACAGACAAUACUGGGACCUUGCCGAGGCGGAGAAGGCAGCGCAUGCUGCGAGAUAUCCCAACUACAAAUAUCAGUCCGGGAAAAAGUACCAGCUAAACUGGGGCGAUGAAUCGUGUACUUGUGGUGCCUACCAGGCCAACGAGGCCAAGAGGAGAGAUCGAGAAGCUGGCAGGGACGCUGGAUUGUACGACACCGAAUACGGUGAUGAAGAGGAAUUUGAGGAGGAUCCUCCAUACCACCUUUCCGCCAGACCUCGCGAAUCGCAGACGCGUCCCAGCUCACGGACCUCGCUGGUGGAGCCGCCGAGCAACCGUAGAGCAAAUGCUUUCAUAACAAACACUGCUCCUAACACUGGGUACCCCGCUGGCUUCGAUAACUCUGUGUUUCCGCCCGAGAGCUACGGUGGUGAUUUCAACAACGCUGUCUACGGUAGCGGGUUCGACAAUAACUUACUUCCUUACGGCUCGACUUUGGCGGACACCAAUGCUGAACCUCAACCAAGUCAACCGCCGCAACGCCGUGCCAGCGUCUCUUCUUCGGAAGCACGGCGUCGGCGAGCUUCCGCGGCCGCGCCAAACACCAUAUUCCCAAUCGGCUCCGAGGGAGUAGACUACUCCGAGGAUGACUUUCGUUAUUUGCUUGGAGGAUUCCAAGACACCGGAACUGGUGAUUACGAUUUCGUGACGGGCCAGGUCGACAAUACCGCCAACGAGCUGCAAACUCAGAAUCAAAACACGCGCGCGAGAGGAGCUGGUAGACGCUCAUUCGAUAGUUUGUUUGACAUGGAUGUGGACGAAAUUACUACUCGAAGACGUAGCAGCUCGGAACGUAGACGGUCUUCGAGAAUCGGUCCGUCAUCGCCUGCAAACCCUGGUGGAAUAAGGAGGAGUUCUCGACGUUCUCCAGGAUGA